UUCUCCUCAAAAUCCUAUUUUUAUCACUUCCUCCAACUUUUCUUACCCAAAAGUGAGGGAGUUUCAAGACCAUUAAUAUACAAAAUAAUCCAUCCUUUACUUUCAUAACACCCAAAAAAAUCUCUCUUUUUUCUCUCUCUUUCCAUUAUUUAAGAAGUAGCCAAGUGAGAGCCAAAAGCAAGUUCAGUGGACAGUGUUGAAAGAAAGAACCACAAGAGAAAUGGGUUCCAGAACUCUGUUUUUCUUCAUCUUGCUUUCCUUUUUAGCUGCUUCUUUCAGGUCUGCUUCUGCGGAGGACGAGGCAGACAAUGGACUUGUUAUGAACUUUUACAAGGACACGUGUCCCCAAGCUGAAGAUAUCAUCAAAGAACAAGUCAGGCUUCUCUACAAGCGCCACAAGAACACUGCAUUCUCCUGGCUCAGGAACAUCUUCCAUGACUGCGCUGUUCAAUCCUGUGAUGCAUCUCUGCUGCUGGAUUCGACAAGAAGGACCCUGUCCGAGAAGGAAACUGACAGGAGCUUCGGACUCAGGAACUUUAGGUACAUUGAGACCAUAAAAGAAGCAGUGGAGAGGGAGUGCCCUGGAGUUGUGUCCUGUGCGGACAUCCUCGUCUUGUCCGCCAGAGAUGGCAUUGUUUCUCUUGGAGGACCUUACAUCCCACUUAAGACAGGCAGAAGAGAUGGGAGGAGAAGCAGAGCUGAUGUGGUGGAAGAGUACCUUCCAGACCACAACGAGAGCAUGUCUGUUGUUCUUGAAAGAUUUGCAGGCAUGGGUAUCGACACCCCUGGAGUGGUCGCUUUACUAGGAGCUCAUAGUGUUGGUAGAACACACUGUGUGAAGCUGGUUCACCGGCUGUACCCAAAGGUAGACCCUGUGCUGAACCCUGGCCAUGUAGAGCACAUGCUGUACAAGUGUCCUGAUGAGAUCCCAGAUCCCAAGGCUGUGCAGUACGUGAGGAACGACCGUGGCACACCCAUGAUUCUGGACAACAACUACUACAGGAACAUACUUGACAACAAGGGGUUGCUGAUAGUGGACCACCAACUGGCCACAGACAAGAGAACAAAGCCAUACGUGAAGAAAAUGGCCAAGAAGCAAGACUACUUCUUCAAGGAAUUCUCUAGAGCCAUCGCCAUCCUCUCUGAGAACAACCCUCUCACUGGCACAAAGGGUGAGAUCAGGAAGCAGUGCAAUGUUGCCAACAAGCUGCACUGAAUGAAUUGUGGGCUAAAGAAAGAAGAAUCAAGCUCUCGCUCAAGAUCCAUUUCUCUGGUUAAGGGAGAUGGGAGUGAGGUUUGGCUGAAUAAGACUGGUUUUUCCAUCUGUUGUUAGGUUUAGGUAAUUAAAGUGGGUUUGUUUUGAUGGAAUCUGUGCUGGUGACUGCUGCUUCUGUUUGUUCUGUAGGAUUAUGCUAAGUUGUGCUUAUAUUACAAGCUUGAUGUUGGUAAAAGGGGAAUAUAUGGAUGGAUGUUGGAGCUGUAUGUAUGUAUGAAAGGAUGGUGUAUGGUGAUGGGUUUUUCAUGAUCCGUGCGAAUGUACUUAAUUUA